AUGGCGAACUAUGGGGGGACUACGCCUACACCACAGCAGCAACCACAGCAGCAGCAACAAGGGGCUAUACAAUACUCUGCCGACCCGGCGGAGGCCCUUAUGCAGUAUCAGCAGGCGAUGGCUAUCUACCAAAGACAGUAUGCUGCUGCGGUACAACAGCACUUUGUAAGGCAGCAGCAGGAGGUUGUGGCUACGGCUAUUGCCAUGCAACAACAGCAACAGCCAUGGCACCAGCAGCAGCAGCAGGGGCUUCUCCCUUCUCCUCCUCCCUCCCAGCAACAAUCGUCUAUGGGCCCACAAGCCUUACCGCUCCAGCAGACCCCUCCUGCUCAGCAAAGUUUGCCCAUUGGUCCUCAACCGUCUGCUACUACACAACAGGACCCUGUGCGGCAGCAAGUGCCUUUCGGUCCCCAGGGAGUGCCUCUACAACAGCAGCAGCAGCAGACUCUUCCACAGAGGACACCCCAGAGGAUGGUCGGAGCAUACCAGCAGUAUCAACCCCAACCCGCUGCACAGACAACUACUGGUCGGCCGAGCACAAGCCCACCGUACGUGGUCAGUAGUGAUGCCACGCCGCCUCCCCUGCAGCAGUCCUACCCUCCUCGCGCGGCCCCCCUCCAGACCAGCCAGCAAUCACCAGUACAGUACCCUGUGGGGCGAGGGACGCCCCACGUUGCCGUCAUGGACACCUACGACUGCUACCGAGGCCGAACCAUCGGGCAGCAGCAGCAGCAGCAGGUGACUGCUCUCGCGGACGUGCCAACUAUAGAGUAUAGAGGAAGGCAUACCGCGCCGUUGUCGUCGUCUACUAGGGUGGCCCCUCAGCUGACAGAACCACGACCGGUGAAUCGGUUUGACCAGCGGAAGGGCGGUGGAAAGGGUAGUAAAGGCCGCAAGAAGGGCGGCAACAAAUCUAAUGCCAAUAAAACUCCUUUGGGACCGCGAAAAAUACCAGUCGACGGAGCGAAGCCAUCACAGCAGCAGCAGGAGCAGCAGGGGAAGGAGGGAGUGGCUGUAGGCCGAGCGCCUCUAGGGGAACUGCGCGUGUCAGCAAAGGAGGGUCCCACUACCCCUGUGAAGGAGGAAGCCCCUAAGCUGGACAGGGAGGCUAUGGCGGACAUGUACAAGCAGGCGAUGGCGCAGUCCGACGUCCCGCAGUGGAAAGAGAAGGAACACGACCAUGGGAUGAGGGAGAUCUGA